GUGACGCGAGGUUUGCGGAAGUGUUUCUCGGAGUAGCAUCUUGUUUUAGUCAAGGUCUCACAUCUGCUAAUAGCUAAGUACAGGGAAAUUAGUUAGCGUUACAGUGAGUUCUGUCAGCACACAGCUCAGGUACAGUUAUCCGACAGUGUGAGCGUCCUUCUCAGCUUUAGAAGCUAAAAAUUAAAAACAAGCAUGGCUCGGUCUCUCCUCUCCCUCCUGUCCAGGCUCGGGGCUCUCUCAGUGACCACAUCGGUUCCCGUAACCAGCUGUCGGUUUGCUAGCAGAGGUGUAAGCAAAGCCUGGCCGGGGCAGAACAACGCCCACGGCAGAGAGAGAGGCAGACACAGAGAGGAGAUGUCUGAUGGAGAGCUGGACCUGGAGGAUGUGGAGGACAAGUUUCAAGCCCUGGUGGAUGAAGGCAGGAAAAGGCAAAGGACUGUGAAGUAUCACAUCCUGAGGAGGAAGAUGACAACACCAGGAGCCCCACAGAGGAAGUUAACCUGGGGUGCUAUUGAGCAGAUCAGAUAUCUGAAGCAGGAGCAGCCAGAGGAGUGGACAGUGGAGCGUCUGGCUGAAGGUUUCUCCGUCACACCCGAUGUCAUCCUCAGAGUCCUCAGGAGCAAAUUCGUCCCUUCUCCUGAAAGACAAGCCAAGCAGAAUGCUAAAGUAAUGGCCGGACUUGGUCAGCAGGUGCUGCCUUCAGGUGCUGGGACACGGCAGGACAGACUGAAACUGCCUGGGGGCCGCACACAAACCAUACUGCCAUCUGGAAGCACAGAAGGAGCUUUGGUUCCUGUGGCUCAGCAGACUCAGAUGAUUGAAGGUGAAGGUUCAGGAUUCCAAGCUAAAAGUCCCGUCCCCGUUACUGCCCUGCCCCUCCAGGUUACAGCUGGUGUUAGUAAAGCUGCUGCAGCGACAAGAUUAACUGAAGACAACAGAGCUACUGACAGCAGUCUGACAGAGGAGGAUGAAGAGGAUGAAGAGAGCUGGGAUGGACAGGUGCUGACAGAGGAGGAACUUGAAGAGUUUAUGGAUAUGGAGAAGGCCUCUCCUGCGGUGCAAGUAGGGAAUGACUUCUUUGAUGGUGAGGGAAACUUUUUGUAUAGAAUCUGAAGAGUUUGUGUGUCAAACUGCCAACUGAAUGUAUUUGAUGUUUAAUAAUCAGCUCAGUGACUGAAUGAAGAGAUUAUUGUAAUUUUGGCUGUAAACAAGAAAAACAUAAAUAAAUAUUUUGCAUUCA